CGAGUGGAGGCGGCGGAACCGGAGCCGGGGGAGGGGGCAGCGGCUGUGUGACGGACCGCGGAGGCACCCGCAGCUCCUCACCGCACCUGGGGAUCAGGUCCAGCUCCUGCAGCACCAGACAGGCCUUGCUGGGCAAGGGCCUCUGAGAAUCCGAGGAGGUGGCUUCCAGAGCUGCAGCAUUCCAAGCAGGCUCCGGUGGAGCAAUCAGAGAAAUAAGGAGACCAGUGCCGGUCCAGUGGCUGUAAUGGGAAAAGAUUAUUAUAAGAUUCUUGGGAUCCCAUCUGGGGCCAACGAGGAUGAGAUCAAGAAAGCCUAUAGGAAGAUGGCCUUGAAGUACCACCCAGACAAGAACAAAGAACCCAAUGCUGAAGAGAAGUUUAAGGAGAUUGCAGAAGCCUAUGAUGUGCUGAGUGACCCUAAGAAACGGAGCCUCUAUGACCAGUACGGGGAGGAAGGCCUGAAGACCGGCAGUGGUACGUCAGGUGGCUCCAGUGGCUCCUUUCACUACACCUUUCAUGGGGACCCCCAUGCCACCUUUGCCUCCUUCUUUGGUGGCUCCAACCCCUUCGAUAUCUUCUUUGCCAGCAGCCGCUCCACUCGGCCCUUUAGUGGCUUUGAUCCAGAUGACAUGGAUGUGGAUGAAGAUGAGGACCCAUUUGGUGCCUUUGGUCGUUUUGGCUUCAAUGGGCUUAGUAGGGGUCCAAGGAGAGCCCCAGAACCACUAUACCCCCGGCGCAAGGUGCAGGACCCACCUGUGGUGCAUGAGCUGCGGGUGUCCCUGGAAGAGAUCUACCAUGGCUCCACCAAACGCAUGAAGAUCACUAGACGGCGCCUCAACCCUGAUGGGCGAACUGUACGCACUGAGGAUAAAAUCCUGCACAUCGUCAUCAAGCGUGGCUGGAAGGAAGGCACCAAGAUCACCUUCCCCAAAGAGGGUGAUGCCACUCCUGACAACAUCCCUGCUGACAUUGUCUUCGUACUCAAAGACAAGCCCCAUGCACAUUUCCGCCGAGAUGGCACCAAUGUGCUCUACAGUGCCCUGAUCAGCCUCAAAGAGGCACUGUGUGGCUGCACCGUGAACAUUCCCACCAUUGAUGGCCGAGUGAUCCCUUUGCCCUGUAAUGAUGUCAUCAAGCCAGGCACCGUGAAGAGACUCCGUGGGGAAGGCCUUCCCUUCCCCAAGGUGCCCACUCAGCGGGGAGACCUCAUUGUGGAAUUCAAAGUUCGUUUCCCAGACAGAUUAACACCACAGACACGACAGAUCCUGAAGCAGCACCUACCCUGUUCCUAGGCUCUGCCCCAGCUAGUUCAGAGUCUACCACAGCAAUACCCCACACUCACCCCACCCGAUGUGCACCCAGCUUGAUGUCCACUGGACACUGGCAACUUUUUCUAAAAUGCAAAAAAACCACUGGUUUUCAGGAAAAUGUUCCUAUUCCUGACCCCUUUCAGAGCUGGGCUGCUUUGGGGGAGUGGGAGGGAGGUGGGGAGAGCUAGCCCAGGCCAGGGGUCAAUUUUCAUGUCACUAGCUUUGAAUCCAGUUCCCACUUCAGUGGCUGGAGAGUGACUUGAGUGCUACUUGAAGAUGUAGAUUCCUUGUCCAUGCCUGUAAAUAGCAUGUCCUCUUUCCCCUCUUGGCCUUGCUAAUCCCUUUCCUCUCCCUUCCCUUUGGUUUCCUCCUGCUGGGGGAGGAAGAGGAUAGAAAGGAUACUGCUUUCAUUCUCCCACUCCCAGGUCCAUAGUGUCCAAGGUUAUCACACACAUAUUCAUGCACAUGAAGCCCUUGAGCGUCUGUGCCUCUCCAGGAGAUAGAGAGGACAGGAGAUAGGAAGGGACAGUCUGCAAACCAUGAACAGGGCCAUUGAGCACAAGACACUUUUCAUUUGGGACAGGGAGGUGAACCGGCCCUCAGCAGCCUCCUGACAGCUGCUCAGGCUACACUUCACAGAGCUGGAAGUUCUGUCCUUACAGCUGCUUUGAGGAGUGUUCAAGGGCAGAGGGAAAGAAGAAGAGGGGUCUAAGGUAUGAAGCUAAGAGGUGGUGCAGGGCCCAUCUCCCAGCCUUCAUCAGGAAGGGAAAGAGCUUUGGGGUCAGGUGGCAGCUAUUUCCCACCAAGAGAUUCAGGGUCACAUGUUUCUCCCCACACCUCUGAACUCAGGGCCUAGCCACCCCAAACUUCCAAAUCCCACUUUUAUGAUAUGUGAAGCUACUUAUUUCUUAUCCUUCUUGGAGGCUGUGUGGGGAAUUUCCAGCCCUUUUAUGCCUAUGUGACCCCACCCCACUCCCACAGUUGUAUAAAAAUCAAAUAGUGAAGGAGCUGGGAGAAGACUGCUUUAGCCAGUCCUGGGGUGGGGUCUUUAGGUUUUCUCACUUUGACAAGCCCCUGAAUGUUUUUAUAGUAGUUUUUUUUGUAUUUUUUUGUAAUGACAGUAUUAUGGAAAAAAAUAAAAUAUUUUAAAAAUAUGGCCUCUGAGCAGGAACAACUAACCUGAGAUGGGGACAGGUGUGCAGUGCUACUGUCAACCUCCCUUCAGGGUCCAGGCCACCUUUGAGAAGCCCAAGCAGGCCCUUGAUAAAAGCUGAGGAUUAUUCCUUCCUUUCUCUAAACUCAGACUCUUCGGAUUUCUAAAACAGGUACCCAAACAUAAGAAAGAUAGAAGAUACCACUCAGGUAUUAGAAGAAUCAGACAAUUUGGGAAGAAAAAAAAAUCCCUGGUCAUAAGAAACAGGGACCAUCCUCUUUUGAAAAUAUAUUAAUAUGAUAUUGAAUAGAUUUUCUUCUCUUGUCUAAAAUUUCUGUGAAUUUGAGGAAUUUUCUUCCUAGGAGGGGAUGGAGGAGAACUUUGUAGCUGACCAAAAGAGAGACAUCUCCAGAGACCAAGAUCAGGCAACAGAAAGGGUAGCUAGAGGUUCCUGGAAUCCUUGGCCAGAGCUGGCAGAGCCUGGGUUGGGGACAUGGGCCCCAUGGGAGGCACUGAUCAUAGUUGCUGAUCCUUGCACCUCACAAUUUUCUAGUGAUAUCUGUUCUGGUAUCUGACCUGCUGAUUCCUGCUGAGACAACUCUGGCUCUCAAAACCUGAGUGACCUUUGUGAUGAUGUCCCUGUCCUUUCCCUUGGGUCUGGGUAGGAAGGACCCCUGGGGCUGCAGAAUGCCCAUCCACAGGAGCUGUCUGGGCCUGGACUUCCUCCUAUGACUGUCCUUCCUCCAAGUGUGAUGCCUGCAUUCCCAGAAUCAGACCCAGGACAGUUAGGUUCUCCUGAGCUCAGUGUCCCCAGUGUCAUGAAGGCAGUGUCGUCUGCAGCUGAGCCUGGCCCUGCACAGCAGUGGACACUGACUGGGCUUUACUGUGGCCUUGCUGCCUCACCUUUCAUCCCAGGACAGAGUCACUGAAAAAGGCUCCUCAUCCUUUUAUAUGAACUAUUUUUGCCACAGGCUGUUCCUCAUAGUGCAGAAGAAAACCAAGGGGUCUUGCUCACAAGGGUGUCUCCUAAUCCCCUGGCCUGAGCAGGGACACCCCAAUCCUGCAUCCCCUACUUCAUGCUCUUCUGCUCUGUGGCUCCUAGGGUAGUCCUUCUCUUUAUUCAAGGCUACAUUCUGGUCCUGGCUCUUUCUGGAGGCCUGAAGUUUUGGAAUCUGGGUCCACUAAGCCAGACUUCUCCCUCUGACCCUCAUAUGGAAACACAGGACCUGGGAAAUUUUCAUGUCUUCAUGGAGCAACACUGGGAAUGGGAUUAGGAGACCCUAGAAAUCAGGUUAUCUGAAGUAAGGGGCACUCGAGGAGAAUGCCUUGAGGCCAGCUCUACAGCUCUACCUGCAAAUUGAACUUAGAGGCUGUGUGGGAUUUACUGGUCCGUUAAUAUUUGUGUAACCCACAUACACACACAUAUACACAGAGCUGUAGAGAAGUCAAGAUAGUAAAGAAGAUGUGGCAGGGGAAUGGGCUUACUCUUUAAACCCCUUUAUUAAGUUUUCUCACACAAGUCCCUGAAUAUUUUAGAUUUUUUUGUGUAAUUUUCUAAUGACAGAACUAUAAAAAUUAUUUGUUCAUUUUG